UAAAGACAAACGUACCCAACUUCCUCUCUGUGAAGAUUCUCACUUCCUGCUUGGGCUUUCUGCAGCACAGACGCGUCCCCUCGCCUGGCGUUAGAUCACACACGGCCGGAGAGCAGAGACACGCCAAACCUCAUCCCCUGCAUCAGCUCCUCACAGAUUCAAGAUGGCCGCUGCAACGCAAGUCUCUGCAGACGAGAUGGAGGACCUGAGGGAAGCCUUCAACAAAGUUGAUGUGGAUGGGAAUGGCUCCAUCAGCCCAGACGAGCUCAACGACCUGUUCAAAGCAGCCAACCUGCCGUUGCCGGGAUACCGUGUCCGAGAGAUCGUCCAGGAGCUCCGGCAGACCAUGGACCAGAAUAAGGACGGCAAGAUCACCUUCGACGAGUUUGUGAAUGUGGUUCACGGUCUGAAGAGUUCCGAAGUGGCCAAGACAUUCCGGAAGGCCAUCAACAAGAAAGAGGGAAUCCAUGCAGUGGCUGGAACCUCCGAACAGUCUGGGACACAGCACUCAUAUGCAGAGGAGGAGAAGGUGGCCUUUGUUAACUGGAUUAAUAAGGCUCUGGAGAAGGACCCGGACUGCCAGCAUGUGCUUCCCAUGGACCCCUCCACCAAUGACCUGUUCACCGCCAUGGGAGAUGGCAUCGUGCUCUGUAAGAUGAUCAACCUGUCAGUCGCAGACACUAUUGAUGAGAGGACCAUCAACAAGAAGAAACUUACACCCUUCACAAUCCAGGAGAAUUUGAAUCUGGCUCUGAACUCCGCCUCUGCUAUCGGCUGUCACGUGGUCAACAUCGGCGCAGAGGACCUGAAGGAGGGCAGGCAACACCUGGUGCUCGGCCUCCUCUGGCAGAUCAUCAAGAUCGGCCUAUUCGCCGACAUCGAGAUCAGCAGGAACGAAGCCCUCAUUGCCCUGCUGAGAGACGGGGAGUCCCUGGAGGACCUGAUGAAGCUCUCCCCAGAGGAGCUGCUACUGCGCUGGGCCAACUACCACCUGGAGGAGGCUGGAUGCCCACGCAUCAACAACUUCAGCUCUGACAUCAAGGACUCCAAGGCGUACUACAACAUCCUGAACCAGGUGGCCCCCAAAGGUGAUGAGGACGGAAUCCCUCCGAUCGCCAUCGACAUGAUUGGCCUACGGGAGAAAGAGGAUCUGAGCAGAGCGGAGUGUAUGCUGGUGCAGGCUGAUCGCCUCGGCUGCAGGCAGUUCGUCACGGCGACGGACGUGGUGCGCGGCAACCCCAAGCUGAACCUGGCGUACGUGGCCAACCUGUUCAACAAGUACCCGGCGCUCAAGAAGCCCGACAACCAGGACAUCGACUGGAGCUCCAUCGAGGGUGAGACGAGAGAGGAGCGCACCUUCAGGAACUGGAUGAAUUCCCUUGGAGUCAACCCACGUGUCAAUCACCUCUAUCUUGAUAUGGCGGAUGCUUUAGUGAUCUUUCAGCUGUAUGAGAAGAUUAAAGUUCCGGUGGACUGGGAUCGUGUCAACAAACCCCCUUACUCUAAACUGGGGAGCAACAUGAAGAAGCUGGAGAACUGUAACUAUGCGGUGGAGUUGGGUAAGACUCAGGCCAAGUUCUCUCUGGUGGGCAUCGCUGGUCAGGACCUCAACGCAGGGAACAGGACACUCACACUCGCCCUGCUGUGGCAACUCAUGAGGAGGUACACACUGAACAUCCUGGAGGAUCUGGGUGACGGUCAGAAGGUGACUGACGACACCAUCGUCUCCUGGGUCAAUGACACACUCACACAGGCUGGCAAAAAAACCAUCUCUGGCUUCAAGGAUGGCUCCAUCAGCAGUAGUAUGCCAGUUCUGGACCUGAUUGACGCCAUCCAGCCUGGAUCCAUCCGCUACGACUUGAUCAAGACCGAGGACCUGACUGAGGAGGAGAAACUCAACAACGCCAAGUAUGCCAUCUCCAUGGCGAGGAAGAUUGGUGCGCGUGUGUACGCGCUGCCUGAGGACCUGGUGGAGGUGAAGCCCAAGAUGGUGAUGACUGUCUUCGCCUGUCUGAUGGCCAGGGGCAUGAGGCGUGUGUGAUACACACACAUGCACACACACACACACACACACACGCGCACACAUCUUUGAGAUCAUUUCGACAUCACACAUAAGCAGUGCAAACAUUCAAAUCAGAACACACACACACACACACACAUUUCUCUGUCACACUGUGAAAUUCCGGCGAAAUAAAGUUGUGUUUGUAAGAAACUCA